AUAUUCACAUAAAAAUUUGCCAUGUUUUUUUUAAAAUUUAACACUUUCUAAACUAAACAAAUGAUAAAAACAAUAAUCUUUCAUACGCACCAAUUAAUUAAAUAAAAUGUACACAAAUUUGUGCAGAAUAAUUACGAGAAACUGCUGGAAAUUAAUUAAAAAACGGGAGAGCAAAGAUUUAACUUGUACAACGACAAAAAAUUAGCAAACCGAUAAUGACAAAAGAACAAUGCACACACAUAUAUAAAAUGUAUAUUCCUUGCAGAAACUAAUGGAGAAAAAGAGAUGACUACAUAACACUUAUAUGAAUAUCAAAAGAAAAAGCUGCCACGUCGUGUUUCAACAGUAAAUGCAAAAACGCAACAACUAUAUACACAUUAUUUAGAGCUACCAGAUUUUUUUAUAACACACCGGUUUGUUGUUGUGCGAAGAGGUGAAUUUAGAAGGAAACAAAUAAAUAUGGCGUCUUUUGGAAAAAAAUCUUUUUGCUUCUAUUCUUUUCUGUUAUACAGGUUACACACACUCAUACACCAUAAAAAAAUAUGUUUUAUCCAAAAUCACCUUUUUUGCGUUAUCCACUUGUUGAAUCACAACUUUGCAAAGGGAAUUUCAGUUUAUUAGAAGAUCUGUUGGUAUGGCUUUGUCGUACUCCUAUCAAUACCACCUAUCGCGUAAAUAUCCUAACAUAUUCAACAGAAUCAUUUAAAAAUGAAGUUGAAACAAUUUUAAAACAACGUUAUAAACUGCCUCCAAAAAUCCAUACUCUGCCUGAUUUACCCGAACUAUUAUGUAUAGGUCCUACAGAAAUCUCACCCAAGCCCAAUGAACAACAAAAAGAAAUCAUUGUGGACACUUGCUGUGGUGCGGCUGUAUUAAGAGGGGCACAUAUUUAUGCAAUCGGAGUCUUAGCCAUGGAGUCUGGUACUAAGGAGGGUGAUCUGGUGAAUGUAUAUGCUGAUUUAUCGCAAAAAUGUAAAAAAGGUUUAAAUAUACGUUUUGAAUCCAAUGAGAAGAUAUAUUUGGGUCAAGGUAAAGUUUUAAUGCAACGCUAUCAAAUAUACAGAUCCGAAGGUCCUAUGCAUGGCAUAGCUGUUGAAAUGAUAAAUACCAUAUCAGGAGUUCCCUCUAUAGGUGAUUUAAGUAAUGCUCAAGUACUACUACAGAAUCUACCUUCUAUUGUAUGUGGUAGGGUGUUGGAUCCACAAAAAGGUGAGAUCAUACUUGAUAUGUGUUCAGCACCUGGCAACAAAACCACCCACUUAGCAGAAUUGAUAAAAGAUCACGGUACUAUAAUAGCAUUAGAUAAAACUGAAACCAAAAUUAAACUUGUUAAAGAUAAAAUUGAAAGAAACCAACUGCAGUCUAUCAAAGCUUAUGCCUUUGAUUCCACAAAAUCCUACGCUGCAGAUUUGUCAUGUAAUAGUGUGGAUUUAAAACCUCCAUUUAAAUCGCAGACGUUUGAUCGUAUUUUAUUAGAUGCUCCUUGCAGUGCUUUAGGUAAUAGACCAAUGUUGUCUAGUAAUAUGACACCAAAAAUGCUGGAAUCUUAUACCAAAGUUCAAAAGAAACUAUUUUCUAAUGCAGUGCCAUUGCUGAAAUCGGGUGGAACUUUGGUUUAUAGUACUUGCACUGUAAAUAUGGCCGAAAAUGAGGAAAUGGUUGUGUGGGCUUUAGAAAAGUUUCCCGAUUUGAUUUUACAACCCGCCACACCAGUAUAUGGUGGACCUUCCUGGCCCUGUGAUGGUUUAAGCGAUGCCAACCGCUCUAUGCUACAGCGUUUUGGUCCAGCUGAUAAUAAAAUGGAUGCGGUUGGAUUUUUUAUAGCUAAAUUUUUAAAAGGAUAAAAAAUAAAAUUGAUUUUUAACUAUUGAA